AUGGUGCAAUUUCUUUAUAGAUCUGGAUGUGGUUGCGAGUGUAGUUAUAUGGAACUUUCUCUUUGUUCUAAAUGCCACUUGAGUAGUUGCCAAGAAUGUCAGGGCUAUGAGAUUAUAGGCAAAUAUUGUCCACAAUGCGAAAAGGAUACCUCCAAGAAGGAUGCAGUCUAUUGCCACAGAAAUUGCUUUCAGUGUCCCCGAUGCAAUAUGUCGUUAAAGAUCAUCAGUAAUAAGGAAGAGUCAGAAGCGGCGCCUAAUAAGCGAAGCUAUUCUUUUAAAUGUCAAGGGUGUGAUUGGUCCUACUGUACGUCUAAGGUUGAGAAGGUCAAGUCUUUAACUAAGUACGUUAUGGAGUUGGAGUCACUUACAGAGUAUCAUAAGAGAUUUCAGUCGCUAUUAGAGUUUUACCAGACAAAGAAUAGUGUCAGUAAGCUAAUGGCCAAACAAGCCGCAAUUGAUUUCCAAUCUCUAGACCGUAAGGGGCCUGAUACAUGGUGGAAGAGAAUAGCCAACGGGGAAUCACUUUGGAAGAUAAUGGAUGAAGAGUCACCGAUACAGUCAGAAACAUUAAUGGAUGAUGUCGACACGUUUCCCCGUUUAUGUAAACUUCGGCCCAAGUAUAACUACAGCUGUCCGUAUUGCAAGCGAUCUUUGACAAAACUGGACCCGAAAGCGGACGUGUUAAAGUGGCUUAAAACGUCGCCCGCAUAUAAUGGUAUACCGCGCAUUUCAGUCAUUUUCCAUCCGAUGUUGAAACAAAAAUACCAGCAAAAGUUUCUUUUGGACGAUUCGACCGUGUUAUUGCAUAUGGAGAACACAAGGCAAGAGCACAAUAUGACUGUGAAAGUGAACGCAGAAGAGUCGCUUCUAGUUCCCGAUUAUGAGGUCAAAAUUACAUCCUCUAACUUGAAACAGUCAGGGUCCCAUAAAGAUCACGUUAAGCAGUUGCAAGGUAUACUCCGAUCGAUGCCAACUUGUUUACUAGAUACUUCGCCAGAUGUUGACAAGCUUAUGCGAGUAGAGAAUACACGCCGACUGGGGCAAUUGAACAAAGCUGUGACACAGCCUGUCGAAUAUUUACAGAUUAUAGAUGAAGGUGAUGGCUGGGUUGUUAUCCCACUUAAAAUAAUCAAUCGGAAAUGCCAGUACGAAUUGAACUUUUUAGUUCAUUUCGAUGACUGGGAUAUGGGAAUUACCGGUACUUUGUAUCUUUAG